AGGAAGUAAUGUAGGAGUAGUGUGAGUAAUACAUGCUAUGCUUAGUAGUAGUUUAAUCAUUGGUAGUUGGUAAUUGUUACAUUAGAAAGUCGUGCAUUAUGAGUUGAUAUGAGGGAGAGAAUCAAAUUUGCUUAAUAGUGCAUUUUUAUUUAAACAGGAUUGUGCUAUCAUUUUUGCAGUUAAAGUGUAGAUUCUGUACACAAUUACAAUGAGCUACCAAACAAUAAUGUUUUUAAUGCUGGUGAUAUUUGGAAGCUUGUGUGCUACAGCUUUUUCAACUUGUUCCAACCCAACAGUCACCCCAUCAAGAAUUACAUGGGCACUUGAUUAUACUGGGCUGUUGUACUCAGGAUAUUUCUGUGUGACUGUACAAGCAAAUGAUCUUACAUGGUCUUUCGAAGAUUCGUCAGUGGCAAAUAUUGCUGUGUUCACAUUCCCAUCAGGACUCGGCACAAACCCAUGCCAACCAUCAACCCCUGUACCAGGUUACAAUGCAACUUGCCAAUACAAUACCGCAGGGAUUCCUGCUGGUAUUUUAGGUUGCUAUACCACAACGUUCAGUGUUGGCAACAAAUUAACUUCUUCUUUCAAUCAAUCAACAUUGAAGCUAGCUCACGGUGUUUCAAGUUGCUUUGCUCAGAACAUUUCACUUCAAGCUUGUUCAUCUCCAACUCCCAACACUGUUCUAGUCAACCCAUCAAGUGGUGUCUACCACACUCAAGCUAACUUCCAGUGUUCCCAUGGUUCAACUUUAUUUAAUAUGGAUGGAACAACUGGAAACACUGCAACCAAAUGCCUUGCUACAGCAGAGUGGGAAAAUGAAAAGAUAGUUCAAUGUUGGUCAGCACCAACUGCUACAUUGAUUGGCAACAAUACCAUUUGUGCUGGAAACAUUGCUACAUUCCAAUGUACUGCAUCUGGGGGUGUCCCUUCUUUGGACAGAGUUGAAAUUUAUUUCAAUAAUCAAAAACAAAUGUUGGUUGGAAACACAUGGACAAGCAAUCCACUGAGUAGUUCAAACAAUGGAGAUAUAGUGCAAUGUAGAGCUAUAAAUAGCUACACUGCCAUGCAGGAAUAUACAAACUUGGGAAGAGACAGCAAGACAUUAAUUGUUCAUUGUAAGCACAAAAUAUUUCAGUGUCUGUAUUCUAUAUGCCUGUGAUUCUGUGAACAAAUGGUUUUACUAACACAACCAAUGGCAUUAGCUGUACUUUCACAUCACGCUAAACUCUUGGUAUUUUAGAACAGAAUCAGGGAGUCUUAUU